AACAUUAUAGAUUGCAGUCGGAAGUAGUUGACUUUUGAUAAGUCGGGGAGCAGUGGGUUGGCGAGGCGUCGCCUGUGUGUGUCUCAUAGCGUGGCCAUUUCCACUGUGCGCGCUUCCAGCGAUCAGCCGGGGUUGGAGCUCCCAGAUGGGGAGCAGCGCACACGACCAGCCUCCAGUUGCCCAGAUUUCCUUUGUGUGCACGGCAGGCGGUGCUUUGGAGGUUCCCAUCUGGGUCUCAAACCUCCCCGCUCGUCUUGUUCCUCUAAAACCAAAACCAACUCGCUUUCACGAGUGGAUGGACCUUCUGAAGCAAGAGCAGAGAUCACAAGCCCGGUCACAUUCAGACAGAAAGCCCUCCGCUCUGCUUUGCUUUAAAUGAAAGGAAGUGAUGGGAAACAGUGCUCAGAAAACACAUGCAGAUGCAACACACCAUGCCCGCUCUGGAUCUGCUCGGCAGUAUUACACACUUCCACCUAGCAGCCAUGAACGGAGAGCACAUCCAAACAUUACUGAGCCUCCAAGGUUUCACUCGCAGGCCAAAGGCAAAAAUGUUCGUCUGGACUCACACUUCAAAAAAGCAUCCCGUAAGAACAGCUUCUGCAAUGGUGUAACCUUCAGCCACCGUCCAGUUCACCUUUACGAGAAAGUGAGAUUACGAUUAUCAGUGGUCCUUCAUGGAUGGAGUGGUGCUUUACGGUUUGGUUUUACAAGUCAUGAUCCCUCUCUGAUGAGCUCUGCAGACAUCCCAAAGUAUGCAUGUCCUGACUUGGUAACCAGACCUGGUUAUUGGGCCAAAGCAUUACCCGAAAGAUUUGCUCUGAAAGACAACGUCCUUGCCUUCUGGGUGGACAGACAUGGACGAGUAUUUUAUACUGUGAAUGAUGAAGACCCUGUUCUUUUCCAGUGUGGCAUUAAUGUUUCAGGACCGCUCUGGGCGCUGAUUGACAUUUAUGGAAUUACACAAGAAGUUCAAAUGCUUGAGAGUAUGUUUGCAGAAACCAUCACUUCAGCACGACUCAACACAGCACGGCUAAACAGUUGCCUUCCUCAGUCUAGUCAUGACAACGCUAACUUCAAUAAUAAUGAACUAGAGAACAGUGUUGUGGUGGCAAAAAUAACAAACCUAAAUCUAAGUGAAGUUCCCAGCCUUGCGCCAGACAAUCACAAUUUACCAUGUUGUACCAACAGACGGCUUCGUUCACGAGGCCUGCCAUCUUUACUCGACACCGACCUUCACUUUCACUACAUACGAGGGCCUGAUGUCACCCUUUCUCAGGAUAGGAUGGGAGUGUGCACAAACUGGAAGGAGAGCACUAGGACCCUGGUGUUCUCUGAUCGCCCUUUGCAUACUGGGGAAACCCUGUAUGUGGAGGUGGGGCAGUUAGGGUUACCAUAUUAUGGCGCUCUUCUCUUUGGCGUGACAUCGUGUGACCCCAGCACCCUGCGAACAAAUGAGCUCCCAGCGGAUCCAGACUUCCUGCUUGAUCGUAAGGAAUACUGGGUCGUGUGCAGAGGUUUCUCAGUGCCCAACAGUGGCGAUGUUUUCAGUUUCACCAUUCUGCCAAAUGGAGAGCUGCAUCAUCGUGUUAAUGGAAUAAACAUAGGGAUGCUGGUCUAUGUCGACACCACACAGUCACUGUGGGUGUUCUUCAGCUUACAUGGAGUCGUCAACCAGCUGAGGAUAUUGGGUACAUCCCAAUCAACCCCUGCAGAUGUAUCUCCUUCAGGUUCUCCAGGAGGUUCCCACUAUGACAGUGAUUCUGACAUGGCAUUUAGCGUUAAUCGAUCUUCAUCUGCAUCUGAAUCAUCUCUGGUGACUGCACCCAGCUCUCCACUGAGCCCUCAGUUGUCACCAUCUUUCUCCCCGCCUGAUCCACCUGAUAGCAAAAAUGGCGAGUGUGCCGUUUGCUUCGACAGUGAGGUUGAUACGGUUAUUUACACCUGUGGACAUAUGUGUCUCUGCUAUGACUGUGGUCUUAAGCUGAAGAAGCAGAUCAAUGCCUGCUGCCCCAUCUGCAGGAGAGUUAUAAAGGAUGUCAUUAAGAUAUACCGUCCAUGAGAAACCUGGCUCCUACAAGGACUGUUUCAUAGUCCACACUAUAAUUUUUUUUAAACAUAGAGUUUUUAUAGAUAAGGAAAGCUUCUAUUGCUCACUCUUAUUUCAUCUAUAUGCAUUCACAAAGUCUGGCUGUAAGUUUAUUUGACUAAUUUUCUCACACUCUCUCUCUCUUACUCUUCUUCCUCUAUACUCUGUCUAUUCCUGUUGCCAGUCACCUGCAUAUAGAAAACCAAGCUGGCUCCACACAUCUCCAGCAGUGGCAGCGACACCACUCUAUGUUUAACCAACAUGUUCUGCAAUUUAAAUGGAGAAAUUUGGACAUUAUAUAGCACUUCAACUGAGCACAGCUUAAACUGACUUAACUAAAAUGCAGCAAAUCAGAUGAAGAGCAACUUCCUUUUAAUUUGCUUUCUUGUCUAUGAUUACAACAAGAAAAAUAUCAAUCAUCGACAUAGACCAAUAAAUUUGAGAAAGAAAUGUAUUUUGCCAUAUUUAUCACCCUGUGUUUUGAUCACACCAAACACAAUAUCCCCAAACGACUAAUCAUAAGCAGGAUAUUUUCCACAAGCAGUUACCUGUUGGUUUGCAGAGGUUAGAGAUGGGUCUUUCCUUGCAAAGACUAAUAUUUGUCAUGUUUGAUUCAUAGACAACAGCCUGCAAUUUGUUUUUAAAGAAAGCUCAAUUGUCACACUCAACUGUGUCUUCAGUGUACAUUUUGAAAUUAAUCUGAAGAAGAGACACGCUCUAACAGAUUAAUUCAAAUAAAAUUGCAAUUCUGUUGUUUAUGUUACAUGCAUGCCAAAAUUUAAAGCUCGCCAGUGGUGAUGGGGCUCAAAUUUAUUUUGUUUAAGUGUUCUAAACAACAGGCAGUGACUAAUCAAGGAUUGAGGUGUUUGAUUCGUUCAGUAUAAUGACUAAAACUGCAAUACCUCUUUUUGGCAUAAAUGCAAAUUCAAUAAUACUGUCAAAACUAAUGACAAUUACCAUAACUUGCCCCUUGAUUUUAUAAUAAGUAUCAUUUUAAUAUUUUUUUUAGAAAUUGGCCUUUUUAUUGGAACUGCUGAUAGAGACAGUUCAUGUGUUUUGGUUCUACGUCAGCUGGUCCGAAAGUUGUGCGUCCCUGUCAGAAGGAGUUGAGACUUGCAGCUUCUUUUACCUUAUGGAGAUCUGUCUCCCCACGAUCCAUGGGUCGGUGCAAGGAAGAAUUAAUUCCAUGAAAAUGGAAGAAAAUUAAAAUGGGAAGCCAUUCUAGAGGAGCUUGGUUCAAUUAUGUGAAGUUUAAAUUGAUUUGUAUAUUGCAGAGUUCAGGCUAACAGGCCAGUGAAGGGAUAUUGCAACUUUAGCAUGACUUUAACAGGUAUGAAGUUUUAUGCUGGAUUUUUUUCUGUGAUGAUUCAAAGCUACAGGUGCCUUACAUAGGAAGGUGAUGCACUUUUUUUCCAAUUUCCCCAUGAACUCUGACUGCCACUAUUAUAGACUCACUGAUUAAAGGCAAAGUAGUUUUAUAGAACUCACGUGACAACCACAAAAAUAUUUUCCUUUUGAUAAUGGAAUGAAAAUGGUAUGUAACACAAAUAUAUUUAAUAUCUUGCCUAAUUUACUGACUUUGUACAAAAAAAAGUAUCUAGUUUCAUUAGCUUAUUGUUUCAGUAUUGAAGAUGAUGGCAUAUAUCCUAAACUUCAACAAAAACUUUGUAAAAAUUUUGCCUGCAAUAUAUAGCAUAAAGCAUUUUAAUUUGGGGUUUUUUUGCACUUAAUUUAAAUGGUUUUGUUGUCCAAGGUUGUGUUUCUGUGUGUGACACUGAUAGAAAGUGAAGAAACAUAGAUUACUUGUGUGUUUGUGUGUGCUAGCACUGUGAAUGGUAAGAUUAAUAGAUCAGUUAUAAAGGACAGAAUGAAAAAUGUGAGUAUCUCAUUUACCUAGGCCUGACCAGAUUGCCAUUGAGAACUGAAUAGUGGUUACAACAUAUGGUAACACAUUCUUUUAGGAAAAUAUGAACAGGUAAACAAUAAAUCUUUGAAUAAUUUUUCAAAUUAAAAUUAGGAUUUAUAUCUGUAAAUAAGGGUAUGUGGUUUUGCUUUCUUCUCACUUUAUAUUCCUCAAUUCUAUCCCGGCAUCAUUUACAUGCACAUUGUUACUUCUAACUCUUAUGGCACAACUACCUGACAUGACUGGUCAAUUCAGUUCAAUAUUUACUUUCACUAUAGAGCUUGUUUGUUUCUUUGCAAGUGCUAUUCAGUUGUAAAGCUAUGAUUCCCACUAUUCAUGAUUUUAAUGUGUCACUAUUAUCAAUAAACAAAGGAGUCGUGAGCCAUUUGUGUUCUUUGCAUCUGCCUGAAAGUAUGCAUCAGAGAAUUGGAUUAAGAGACAUUUCUCAAUGAAGGGUUAGAAAGCUUUGGGAAAUGCACUAAUAUUCUGCCCUAGAAAUGUAGGUUUAGUGUAAAUAAUGAACAUUGUCAGAAAGCCGAGAAAUGAAGAGGGUGGCAGUGCUGCCAGCACCAGAAAGAGCAUGCAGGUAUUAUUUUUAUUUGCUUGAUUUAAAGAAAUAAAGGUAGAAUAUGAAUUUUAAAAAUCUUUCAUGACCUCAGGUUAUACCGAAGUGUUUCACUAUGUGCAAUAGUUUGAAAUAAAGACUUUUUAAUAAUGUGGAGAAACCUGUUAAAUUAAACAGAGCAAGCUUCAACAAAUUUCUUUGAGAUAAAUACUGUAACUAGAUAUUCUGUUUUUGUUGCUGUUUGUUGAAGUAUAAAUAUCGGCCGUAACAUAAAAGAAAUCUCCUACUCUUCUUCAUAUAAUGCCAUGGGAUAUUUUAUGUCUGAGGGGGAAGAUUGGGCCUUGGUUUAACACCUCAAAAGCUUUCUGCAUCAAAGUGUUGUUCUAGAUUACGUCUUCAAAUCUCCCAUGUUGAUCAUCAGUUUUCCAGCAGAUUUUGCCUGGAUCUAACUUUUUCUUUUCUUCCUUCCUCUCACUUCUCCUGAAAACAUUGGCUCAAGCUGGUUUAGUUCUAUUACAGAUGCUAUCUGUGAUCAUCUUUCACAUGCAAGAGCUAAAAGAGAGUAAGUGCCAGAUUAUAUGGUAAUAAAAGCAUUAGAGUUGAGCAAAGAGCAAAAUUCUGCCGAUUGAAAAUCUGAAAUGGAGCAGAAAAUGCUGGAAAUAUUCAGACAGCCUCUGUGAACAGAGAAGCAGUUGAUGCAACAGGUUGAUGUUUAGAAAUAGAAACAGGUUUCUAUUUCCAGCAUUUUCUGCUUCAUUAUUCUGCCUCCUCCCCAAAUCUGCACUGAUUUUGUUUUAUGAGUGGGUACCUCGUCUAGUUUUCAGCUCCCCAUUUAGCACAUAUGGAUUAAUUCUAACACCCACCAUUAGUCCCCACUUCUGCUGUCAGUGUUAUGUCAAUACAAUGCAAGCCUUUUGAGGAAUGAUCAUUUCAGAACCUAUUAACAUUGCAGCACAAUGGUAACAUUUUACAAAUUACUGAUUGUUUUAUGUCAAGACUUGCAUCCGCAGUGUACCACAUGUGGCCUAUGGGUCAUAUCCAGCUUACAGGACACAUCCAUCUGGCCUUUCUGCACACUAGCUGCCUCACAAUCCCAUGAGGUCAGCUUUAGUCUCAUUAGGCAACUCAUAUGCCCAAUAUGCCAGCUGCCCCAGCCACAUUAUGAGACCUGAGCCAUAAGAUUUUCUUCUGCCCUGUGAGAUUUGCUGCUGUCCAGUAGGUCCUAAUGCUCAUGGUGUUAACUUUCUAAUCACAACUGAUUGAAAAAUGGGUUUUAUAUGAGGCUUAAUAAGAAGUAGGUUACGUUACUGUGAAACUACAAUACACAACAUAAUACCUGCCUCAGGGUCUCCCUGGAGUCUGAUUUUUGAUUGGACAAUUUAAGUAAUCUUUAUUCCUCACAAAUCAGAGGAAGACUCAAGUACUUUUAAAGUGAACUUCAGUAAUGUUGAUGUCACUGGUAAGGUGGAAAGGAACUCUGGAAUGUGACAAGUAGAACAGCAAGGGGUUGGUAAGAGGAACAGUGAGAACUGUGGCAUUUGUGUCUUUAAACAUGACUAAAGUUAUCAGAAUCUGGUUAUGUAUGGUAAAAUAAAACAGGUUUUUUGUGAGGGUCCUUGGAAGUGGCUUAGAUUGUAAAUCUGGCUCCCUCCUAAAUAAAAGGCUGUGCACCACUGAUUUACAUGAUUAGUUUUGCUUUAACACAACUGCACACUUCAUACUUGUUCAUUUUUUCUCUGUUUAAUGUGUUACCACAUGAAUAGGGCCAGUGUUCCAUGUAAUAAAGAUGACAGUUUUUAACUUUGUAAUACUGCUGUCAUCUUUUUUCAAGAUGCGCUUCACAGUGUGUGUAACGUUGUAAGCUUCGAUAAGGUCUAAAGGAAUUGGGUGUCGGGUUGAUUGAACAAUUCUUAGAGUUUUUUAAACUACGUUUCUGUUCUCAGUCCUCAAGGUUUCAAAUUGUUAUCUAUCUGGAUUUCCACUACAGUAUCUGCAUCGCUUUCUUGGUUUCUGUCUUGUUUCAGAAACAUUGUAACUUAGUAAAGAAAAAUUGAGGCACCAGCAUUAGUUGAUUUGUAAGCAGUUUUGGCAUCUAUCUUACUUAGGCUCGAAAGAUAAUGGUCCCAAUUUUAACCUCCUGAUGGUGUAAUGAUUGGAUGUCAACAUAUGACAUUGUUAUCUGUGGAAAAGUUUGAUUUUAUUCCUGAAGUGUAUUAGCAUUACUGAUCAGACUUCAUAAUUUUUUUUGUAUUUACAGAGAAAAUUCUGCAAAAAAAAUUAUGUGGCUGUUUGAAAAAAAACUUUGAUGCAAGUUUGUAUGGUCAUAGUUAUUUACCAUCCCUUGAUUUGAUUAUGUAGAGCAAUAAUUUACAUGCAGCUUUUUAGAACCUUAAUAUCUCAGUUGACCAACACAUACCCACAACUUUGCCUGUCAUUGCCACAAAUCAAGGUUAAAAUGCUGCCCAUUAUCUGAGCAUAUUGCUUUUUUUGUAGGAGCUGGGAAAGAUGCUUUGUUUCAAUUAACUUGUGUUUUUGUAUUUGUUAAUUAGGAAAGAGCAAAUUAUAUGGAUAUUCCCUUUACUAAGAGCAUAAUAUACCAAUAUUUCAGAUAUUUAUUGCCGAGCUAAACCUGACAAUACAUGAGUUGUGUUAUUUUUAUACAGAGCAGUGAUUAAAAUUAACCAAACUAAUGUCAGGAUGAAAAUCGCUCAAAAUAUUUUGAUAGAUUAAAAAUUGAUUCCUAUCUGGGCUUUAAAUAUGAAAACAAGUAAAUGAAAAUGAAAUGGCAAUGUCUCAAAGGGAGUAUCAGAUAAGAGUUCUUUCUCUCAUCCCUUUUUGUUGUGAGUUAAUUUUUAAAAAAUCAGAAAUUAUGUUCCUGAUACUUUUUGUAAAGCAAAUCACUUUGUUGAUUCUGGUUCUUAAUAAAUACAUAUUGUACAGUUUCACAGUAGACUGCUUCACUAUGUAUACUGGUUUUUUUCAGAAAAAUAAUGCAGUUUUGUUGCUGUUGUAAACAGUUGCAUAAUUGUGACAUUCCUUUGUUCUGUGACCAAAUGCUUCCCAUGUUGCUCACAUGAUCAGGCAUAUAAAGUCUU